AUGGCUUCAUCGGCCAGGUCGUACAAUGAUGCCAUUGAUGCGCUCAACUCGCUGCAGACGCCUCAUGCCGUCAUCGAGGCGAGGCGCAAAGCCGGGAUCCGGCCUGAUGCGGCCUCGAUGCGCGAGAUGAGAGCCUAUCUCAGUAGAAUCGGGUACACGCCGGCGGAUAUCGAUGGCCUCAACAUCAUCCACGUCGCCGGCACAAAGGGCAAAGGCAGCACCUGCGCAUUUGUCGACUCCAUCCUCGCCCAGUACCGGCACGCGCACGGCACUCCCCGCAAGAGCGGCCUCUUCAUCUCGCCGCACCUCAUCGCCGUCCGCGAGCGCAUCCGAAUCAACUCGGCGCCCAUCUCCGAGGACCUCUUCGCCAAGUACUUCUUCGACGUCUGGGAGCGCCUGGGGUCUUCGACAGCGGCGCCCGACGACGCGCCCCUCGGGACGAGGCCCCUGUACGGCCGCUACCUGACGCUCGUCAGCUGGCACGCCUUCUUGCAGGAGGGCGUCGACGUGGCCGUCUACGAGACUGGCAUCGGGGGCGAGUACGACGCCACCAACCUCGUGCAAAGGCCCGCCGCGUCGGGCAUCAGCACGCUCGGCAUUGACCACGUCUUCGUUCUUGGCGACACUGUGGACAAGAUUGCGUGGCAUAAAGCGGGCAUCAUCAAGAGCGGCAGUCCUGCCUUUACCGUCGAGCAGGACCCCGGCGCGGCGGCCGUUCUGCGGCAGAGGGCAGAGGAACGGGGCGCCGAUCUCACCGUCCUGCCCAUUGACCCGCGGCUAGACGGUGUCAAGGUCAGGCCCCAGGCGCGAUUCCAGAGGAAGAAUGCAACGCUGGCAGUGGCCCUCGCCGAAGCCGUGCUGCCGAAGCUGGGCAUCGCCGUCUCGCCGCCGGGCUCCUCGCUGCCGCGCGAGUUUGUCGAUGGGCUGGAGCAGACGGUUUUCAGGGGUCGCUGCGAGGUCAAGGUCGAGGAUGGGGUGACGUGGUUCGUCGACGGGGCACACACUUCGGACAGCCUGAAAAUGUCCUCGCGAUGGUUCGCCGAAGAGACGGCCGGCCGCCCCGGUCCCAGAGUCAUGGUUUUCAAUCAACAAACCCGCUCCGAGGCCGUCGACUUCCUCACCUCGAUCCACGCGGCCGCCGCGCGCACACCAAACGAGCCGUCUUUUGACCACGUCGUCUUUUGCACAAACGUCACCUACGCCGAGACGGGCUACAAGCGUGACUUUGUCAACCACCAAAUCGACCCCGAGGAGCUCGACAAGAUGACGGUGCAGCGCCGGUUUGCCGAAAAGUGGUCCGCCCUGGAUCCAGCCGCCCGGGUUGUCGUUCUGCCGACCAUUGAGGAGGCGCUCGGCUACGCGAGGCAUCUCAGCCAGGGGCUGGGUGCCGGCGAGAGCGUGCUGGCCUACGUGACGGGGAGCCUGCACUUGGUAGGGGGGGCUCUGGGCAUUCUAGAGCAGGCCGACGCGCUGUAG